ACAGGAAAACCCUAAUUCUUGGACAUAUAAAUUCUCACUUACUCUUUCAUUUUGCUUCUUCGGCGAUUUUAGGUUUUUAGUUUCGCAGUAACCCAAGAGGAGAAAAAAUGCCGGCGGGACAUGGAGUUCGUGCUAGGACAAGAGAUCUGUUCGCGAGGGGGUUCAGGAAGAAGGGUACAAUUCCAUUGUCUACCUACCUCAGGACCUUCAAGGUCGGAGAUUACGUGGAUGUUAAAGUGAAUGGUGCGAUCCACAAGGGUAUGCCUCACAAGUUCUACCACGGUCGUACCGGUCGUGUCUGGAACGUUACCAAACGUGCUGUUGGUGUCGAAGUCAACAAACAGAUUGGCAACAGGAUCAUAAAGAAGAGGCUUCAUGUGCGUGUGGAGCACGUGCAGCAGUCGAGGUGCGCUGAGGAGUUCAAGCUGAGGAUUAAGAAGAACGAUGAGCUCAAGGCUGCAGCCAAGGCCAAAGGCGAGACAAUAAGCACCAAGAGGCAGCCUAAAGGACCCAAACCAGGGUUUAUGGUUGAAGGUAUGACCUUGGAGACUGUCACCCCAAUCCCUUACGACGUCGUCAACGAUCUCAAGGGAGGCUAUUAGUUUUUCUACUUCUACUUUCUACCCCCAGUGUUUUGCUCAGACUUUUUGGCAGUUUCUUUUGCGAAUUCUCGAGUGUUCUUCGUGCGUUUUCGCUACAGUUACAUUUUCUUUAAGGUUCAAUCCAGACAUAAUGAAACAAAAGUUGCAAUCUCUA